AAAAAAAGAGGAAGAAAGAUAGAAAGAGAGAGAGACAGAGAGAGAGAGAGAGAGAGAGUGAAAGAGAAAAAGAGAGAGAGAGAGAGAAAGAGAGAGAGAGAGAGAGAGAGACGUUAUUAAGCGGAUUUUUUUCCCAACGGGACGUUGCGUCUCGAGAGGAAUCUUUUAACCGUCAUCGGUGUUGGGUCGCGACCGCGACCCAAAACAUCAUCAGAGUAAACUUGUUUAGAAUCUUGAUCGUGUGCGCACGAGUAAAACUAACGAGUACAACUCCCGAAGCUACUACUACUACUACUUUUUAUAAGAGGAGAACAACUUUGGUAUUCAUAACGGUUCCAUUACUCAUAUUCGUGGCGUGGGGCACGGCCGUAAUGGAAUUACAGAGCUGGUUACUCUACCAUCUCGUAGCUGUAACCGACUGCAAUCAAGUGAUGCAGUCGGCAGCUACAAUCGGUGGUGGUGGAACUUAUCCUGCCGGAGGCACCGGAAGUCGUGCUCGAGACUUGGGUCUUCGUGCUCAGAAGAAGCUAUUGGGACGAGUGGUCUCCACUGGUGCUGGAAGGUCUCUUCUAAUAGAUGACGCGACCACUUCACUCUUGGACAAUCUUUACAAGCUGAUGGAAAGGGCGACGAAGAACAAUCCAUCCUUAGAUAAAAAACAACCGGAGAAAGUUCUCAAGAAUAUUGUUAAAUUGUCCAUCAAGGUUGGGCUGUUGCAACGUAAUCAACAACUCGGUCCAACGGAUGAUGCAAAACUUGUUGAGAUCAGGACAGCUUUGAGAGCAGUAGCGAUGGCUGUGGUCUCCUUCUACGAACUCGAAUUCAGUUUCGACAAAGCGUACUUAACUCGAUCCCUCGAGCGUUGUCGAUCAGCGAUACAAGGUCUGAUAAAGCCUCACUUGACGGACAAGUCUCAGGAUCGAUGCGAUCAGGUCUUCGAUUUUCUAAGAAAUCCCGAAUUUUUAGAUUCGGUGUUUAGGCAAGAUUCUGAACACAGACCAAUCCUCGGGAUGCUAGUCAGUGAUAUAAACAAAGCCUUAGAUGCUGGACAUCUUUGACUUCUUGUAGAUUCCAUUGUGCUCGAUCGAUAUUAAUGAAAUGCUAAGAAAGGACAACGAUCGAUGGAUGGAUGAAUAUCGAUUAUUGUUCGAUCUUUGCAUGGAACCAUCAAAGAGGGUUCAUUAGAAAUUUUCAUAAGUGUUCACUCUCUGCCCAUACGCGUGCGUCGAUCUUUUUAACGAUAUUUUCAUAGAAUUUACGCACGAACGUACGUACGCACAUUAGCCGAUUUUGUUUAAUGCAACGAUCAUUGAAAAAAAAAAAAAAAAAAAAAAAGAAAAAGAAAAAAAAACGAUAUACAUUUUUCGUAUACAUACGUAUUUUAUAUGUAUACGUGAACGUCGCUAGUUACACGAUUGAUGAACGUAUCUAUUGAUUUAUGCAAUAAUCGUUCAAUACUCUGCUUAAUUUAAGAAUGUCGACAUAUAUUGUGUAAACGAAUUAUAUUUAUUCGCGCGCCUAAUUGCUAGGAAUUAUUAAUAAGUAAUUAAUAUCUGCCGCGGAAGUUCGAAUUUCGGCGAUCUUGUUGACGGAUGUUCAAAAGAGAUCCUUGGAAUGUAAAAUGGAAUCGUCUCACACGUAAUGCACGUUAAAAAAAAAAAAAAAAGAAUAGGAAGAAGAAAAAGAAAAGAAAGGAAAAGAAGAAAAAAAAAAAAAGAAUACAUUCACCACGCGAUAAACAUUUUAUAAAUGAUAAUCACCACAUAUCUUAAUUUAACAACAUACACAUUACUUAUAUGCGUACAUUUCAAGGAUAAUAUUGUAAUGUGUAUAUCUUAUCGAAAAAUUUCGAUAUCAAGGAUACACGCAUUUUAUAUACAGUUAUACACCUCCUCUCUUUACACGUUAUUUAUGAUGAUUAUCUAUAUAGCGAAAUGUUGUACCAAUGGUCAAUAAAUUAUUUAUAAAUGCGAAA